CUGCAAGAACGAGCCGUUGAACAUGGAUGGGCCCAGAAGUACCUGGGCCAGCGCGGGCUUGCGACCAAGUAUCUGGUGGAGGAGACCGACCCGCGAGUCGAUCCCCUCUCGCCUGACAACAAGAUGAUCAUGACGACCGGCCCGUUGACCGGCACGUGCGCGUCGACGGCGGGGCGUUAUUCGGUCGUGACCAAGGGCGCGCUCACCGGCGCGAUUGCGUGCUCGAACUCCGGCGGCUUCUUCGGCAACGAGAUGAAGAACGCCGGCUACGACAUGAUCAUCUUCGAGGGCCGGGCGCCGAACCCCGUCUACCUCCUGAUGGAGAACGACAAUAUCCAGCUGAUCGACGCCAGCGAGUUCUGGGGCAAGUCGGUCUGGGAUACCGAGGAGGGGAUCAAGGCCAAGCAUCAGGACCCGCUGAUCCGCGUCGCCUCCAUCGGUAUCGCCGGCGAGAAGGGCGUCAAGUACGCCUGUGUGGUGAACGACAUGCACCGCGCCGCCGGGCGCUCCGGCGUCGGCACGGUGAUGGGGUCGAAGAACCUCAAGGCGGUGGCGAUCCGCGGGACCCUCGGCGUCAAGGUCGAAGAUGCCGGUGCCUUCAUGCAGGCAACGUCCGAGGGCAAGAAGAUCCUUGCGGACAAUCCCGUCACCGGCCAGGGCCUGCCGGCCUACGGCACCCAGGUGCUGAUGAACGUCAUCAACGAGGUCGGCGCGCUGCCGACCCACAACCAUCGGGACGUGCAGUUCGAUGGCGCCAAGAACAUCUCGGCCGAGGCGAUGGCCGAGCUGCGCGCCGACGGCAAGCCCAACCUGGUGACCAACGCCGCCUGCUUCGGCUGCACCAUCGGCUGCGGGCGCAUCUCCACGGUCGAGCGCACCCACUACACGGUGGCCGAGCGGCCGCAGUAUCAGAUCGCCUCCGGCGGCCUCGAAUACGAGGCGGCCUGGGCGCUGGGCGCUGCCACCGGUGUGGACGAUCUCGACGCUCUGACCUUCGCCAACUUCAUCUGCAACGAGCAGGGGUUCGACCCGAUCUCCUUCGGUGCCACCGUCGGCGCCGCGAUGGAGCUCUAUGAAGAGGGCGCCAUCGGCGACGAGCAGACCGACGGUCUCGAGGUCAAGUUCGGCUCCGCCAAGGCGCUGACCGAUCUCGCCGAGCUCACCGGUAAGGGCGAGGGCUUCGGUGCCGAGAUCGGCCUCGGCUCCAAGCGGCUCUGCGAGAAGUACGGCAGGCCGGAGCUUUCGAUGUCGGUCAAGGGCCAGGAGUUCCCGGCCUACGAUUCGCGCGGCAUCCAGGGCAUGGGCCUGGCCUACGCCACGGCGAACCGGGGCGCCUGCCACCUGCGGGCCUACACCGUCUCGUCCGAGAUUCUGGGCGUGCCGGAGAAGACCGACCCGCACGUGACCGAGGGCAAGGCCGGCUUGGUGAAGGCGUUCCAGGACGCGACCUCGGCGGUUGAUUCGUCGGGGCUUUGCGUGUUCACCACCUUCGCGUGGUCGCUCGACGACAUUGCGCCGCAGAUCAACGCGGCCUGCGAGGGCGAGUGGACCGCCGAGCGGCUGCUGGAAGUCGGCGAGCGGAUCUGGAACCUGGAGCGGCAGUACAACAAUGCGGCGGGCUUCACGGGCAAGGACGACACCCUGCCUGCGCGCCUCUUGAAGGACGCGGCGAAGACCGGCCCGGCCGAAGGUCUUACCAACGGCCUCGACAAGAUGCUGCCGGAAUACUACGAGGUGCGCGGCUGGACCGACGACGGCGUGCCCAGAAACGAGACGGUGGAGCGCCUCGCGCUCUAA